UCCCCGCGCCGGUCGCGGAAGGAUGGACUUUGGACUUGCGGUGACCAAAGUGUUUCAGCGACUCGGCGGCGUGAUUGGAAAGCGGUGCGGGCGGGAGGCUGCGGCGCGGCUGCUCUUUCAACAGGCGAUUUGUUCUCCUGGCCGUGGCUCAUUUCCAUGCAAAGAGCCCGACAUCAGAGCACCUUUUGUUGCUAAACGCUCUCUGUCGCGGGGAGGGGAGAGAGUCAUGUGGAGCUGGAAGAGCUCAUUCUGAAAAGAGGGGUCCCGGGAGCUCCUUCCGAGCCCCGGGGGCACCGCGAUCACCCGGGCGGGAGCCUGCCCGGACUUGCUGGCCGGAGUGAGUCGCGUGCCAUAGUGCGUCGGGCCUCGUCACAGGAAGAAACGCCUUGGCGGCGGGUGUAAUUGCUCCUGGGCUGCCCCGAUUCCCCGCCGGAGAGCUCAGUGGUGCGAACUUUGCCUCCUGCUGCCCGGUGGCCGCGCGCGGCCGGGGUGGGAAAGUUUGUGGACUUGUCAGUUGCGCAGCCCGCCGCCACCUCGAGCCGAGGUGCGGGCGCCCGCGAGGGGCCCCCGCUGGGUCGCAGGGGGAUGCGGCGCGGGUGCGCGCCUCGGUGACGCCGCGGGCGGGGACCGGGCGCCGGGGGCCGGCCGCGAUCUGCAGAGGGGCGCGUGUGCCCCAGGGAGCGGGACGUUGGGCCAGCGUGCGGGACGCGGCCAUGGAGGAUGCGGGAGCAGCCGGCCCGGGGCCAGAGGCAGAGUCCGAGUCGGAGUCCGAGACGGGGGCUAGCAUGUCCAAGACGUUCUCCCGACUCUGGACCGACGUGAUGGGCAUCCUGGAUGGCUCCCUGGGCAACAUCGAUGACCUGGCACAGCAGUAUGCAGAUUACUACAAUACCUACUUCUCCGAUGUGUGCGAGAAGAUGGAGGAGCUGCGCAAACGGCGGGUUUCCCAGGACCUGGACCUGGAGAAAGCCGAUGCCAGCCCCACGUCACUUCAGCUGCGGUCCCAGAUCGAAGAGUCGCUUGGUUUCUGUAGCGCCGCGUCAACGCCCGAAGUGGAAAGAAAGAACUCUCUUCACAAGUCAAACUCAGAAGACAGCGCUGUAGGAAAAGGCGAUUGGAAGAAGAAAAAUAAGUAUUUCUGGCAGAACUUCCGAAAGAACCAGAAAGGAAUAAUGAGGCAGACUUCAAAAGGAGAAGAUGUGGGCUAUGUUGCAAGCGAGAUAACAAUGAGCGAUGAAGAGCGGAUUCAGCUGAUGAUGAUGGUCAAGGAGAAGAUGAUCACCAUUGAGGAGGCACUGGCCAGGCUCAAGGAGUACGAGGCCCAGCACCGGCAGUCAGCUGCCUUGGACCCUGCCGACUGGCCGGAAGGCUCUUACCCCACAUUCGAUGGCUCCUCAAACUGCAAUUCAAGAGAACAAUCGGAUGAUGAGACCGAGGAGUCGGUGAAGUUUAAGAGGUUACACAAGCUGGUCAACUCCACUCGCAGAGUGAGAAAGAAACUAAUCAGGGUGGACGAAAUGAAAAAGCCCAGCACUGAAGGUGGGGAGGAGCCUGUGUUUGAGAGCCCCCCGGCCCUGGAUGAGCGGGCCGCCCUGUACUCUGGCGUGCACAAGAAGCCCUUCUUGUUUGACGGCUCCCCUGAGAAGCCUCCGGAAGAUGACUCAGACCCUUUCACCACUUCUCCAUCACCCAGCAACCUGGAAGCCUGGGCCGCGGGCCGGAAGUUGGUCAAAACCUUCAGCAAAGGCGACAGCCGGGGCCUCAUUAAGCCCCCCAAGAAGAUGGGGACGUUCUUCUCCUACCCAGACGAAGAAAAGGCCCAGAAGGUCUCCCGCUCCCUGACCGAGGGGGAGAUGAAGAAGAGCCUGGGGUCCCUGAGCCACGGGGUAAGUACCGAUGGCGUGUGCUUCUGUGACAGCCACCGUCGCAGGCACCACCUGCUCGUGUCCCUGGAGGAGGUUCAGAGCGUCCGGAAGCACAUCCGCCUGAAGAAGACGGAUACUAAUUACUCCUGUUCCCGAGCUUUUCUCUGCCAGCGUCCCUCCAGAAAAGGAGUGCACAGCACGCCCUGUGACCUGCAGCUGCUGCGGCAGAGACCCAAAGGGGGAGGGAGCUGUGGCGUCCCCGGCAGGUGGGGGCGCGGGCGCCCCGCGGUCAGCGAGUUCAAUAUCACCUACGUGGUGGAGCGGAGCCUGUACAGCCACCUGAACCUGACCCAGCUAGUGCGCCCUGCCUCAGACAGGACCCUGAGCAAGGCUGAGAAGCAGGACCUGAGGCGGUGCCUGCUGGAGGAGGAGGAGGAGGCAAAGAGGAAGUGGGCCGCCACGGUCGACCGCUGUACUAAGAGGGUUCUCUUGAGAAUCCACCAGAAGUCCAGAACCUGCAGUUUUGGAGGAUUUGACUUGACUAAUCGCUCUCUGCACAUCGGCAGUAAUAACUCCUACCCGAUGGGUAAAGAAGGAGAUUUUGUGUACAAGGAAGUCAUCAAAUCACCUACCGCCUCCCGCAUCUCUCUUGGAAAAAAGGUCAAAUCCGUGAAAGAGACAAUGAGGAAGAGAAUGUCCAAAAAAUACAGCAACUCUGUCCCUGAGCAGGACACGGGCCUCGAUGGAAUGCCUGGCUCUCCUCCAUCCUCCCAGCCUGACAGUGAACACAUGGACAAGCCCAAGCUCAAAGCCGGAGGUUCUGUAGAGAGUCUGCGGAGUUCUCUGAGUGGACAGAGCUCGAUGAGUGGUCAGACAGUGAGUACCACCGAUUCCUCCACCAGCAACAGGGAAAGUGUCAAGUCGGAAGACGGUGAUGAUGAGGAGCCCCCCUACCGGGGCCCCUUCUGUGGGCGCGCCAGGGUGCACACUGACUUCACACCCAGUCCCUAUGACACAGACUCACUCAAGCUCAAGAAAGGAGACAUCAUCGAUAUAAUCAGCAAACCCCCCAUGGGCACCUGGAUGGGCCUGUUGAACAACAAGGUGGGCACCUUCAAGUUCAUCUACGUGGACGUGCUGAACGAGGAAGAGGAGAAGCCCAAGCGCCCCACCAGGAGGAAGAGAAAAGGAAGACCACCGCAGCCCAAGUCCGUGGAGGAUCUACUUGACCGGAUUAACCUGAAAGAGCACAUGCCCACCUUCCUGUUCAAUGGAUAUGAGGAUCUGGACACCUUUAAGCUCCUGGAGGAGGAGGACUUGGAUGAGUUAAAUAUCAGGGACCCAGAACACAGAGCCGUUCUCCUGACAGCGGUGGAGCUGCUGCAGGAGUAUGACAGUAACAGCGACCAGUCUGGAUCCCAGGAGAAGCUGCUCGUUGACAGCCAGGCCCUGAGCGGGUGCUCCCCACGAGACUCAGGAUGCUAUGAAAGCAGUGAGAACCUGGAAAAUGGCAAGACUCGGAAAUCUGGCCUUCUCUCUGCCAAGUCAUCAGCCGAAUCCAGCUUGAAGUCCUUCAGCAGGAAUCAGCUGGGCACCUUCCCAACGCUGCCGUUACCGAAGUCGGUGGACGCCCUGAAGCAGGGGGUGGAGAACAGGCUGGGCAGCGGCCUGACCCCUCACACUGUCAAGCGCUGUGAUCAGCCCUGUGCGACUGGCUUGAAUAAAAACCGGAGAAGCCUCCCCGUGUCCAUCUGCCGGAGCUGUGAGACCCUGGAGGGCCCGCAGCCUGUGAAGACCUGGCCCCGAUCCCAGUCCCUGGAUGACCUCCAAGGAGAGCCUGAUGCUGAAAAAGAUGUGCCUGGCGCGGUGACAGAACCCUGCCCUCAGAUUGUACCGGAAGUGCCACAGAAGACAGCCUCCUCCAUCGCCAAGGCUCACAGCCCCCAGGGAGAGUCUGCUGUUGACAAUGCAUUGCUACUGACCCAAAGCAAGAGAUUUUCUGACCCUCAGAAAACGACUACUAAGAAACUGGGUGGCUCGAUUACAGCCACUCCAAGUGGCAUGUCACCUCCUCCGUGUUUGCAAAACUAUGAUGCUCAGCCUCCUAGACACAGUUUAACAAGGACUCCUCUUGAGGGUCACAGAAAAGGACUUGCUCUUGAAGGAACCUAUCAGCCCCCGAACACCAAAGAAGGUGAGCAGCGGGGCCCUGAGGCCGUAACACCAGGCCGACAUCCUACGCAGCCUCCACCUGUUCCUGCCAAGAAGAGCAAAGAGCGCCUGGCCAACGGCCUCCACCCCUGCCCUCCAGGUCCUAGCGCACCGAGCCUGCCCCUGAAGAAGGGUGGCUCCAGCGGCCCCAGCGACUGUCCCUCUCCUCAGGCUUCUGAGCCUCCCUCCAGGCAGGAACCUGGCAGCCCACCCAGCUCACGGCCACCGCCCUGGCUCUCCGAGCUGCGAGAGAGCACGAGCCUCCAGGAGCACGGUGUGAGAUUGGGCCCGGCUGUGACCAGGAAGAUCUCCUGCACUCGGGGAGUCGAUCUGGAAAUGCUCACUGAAGACAAGUUACGAGCUGAAGGCAUCGAUCUCACUGAGGAGCCAUAUUCUGAUAAGCACGGCCGCUGCGGGAUCCCCGAAGCCCUGGUGCAGAGAUACGCAGAGGACCUGGAUCAGCCCGAGAGGGACGUGGCCACCAACAUGGACCAGAUCCGGGUGAAGCUGCUGCGCAAGCAGCACCGCAUGGCGAUCCCGAGCGGCGGACUCACAGAAAUCUGUAGAAAGCCCCUCUCCCCCGGAUGUGUUUCGUCUGUGUCGGAUUGGCUGAUCUCCAUCGGUCUGCCCAUGUACACCAGCGCCCUCACGGAAGCGGGGUUCCGCACACUGGGCCAAGUGCCUUCUCUGUCCCACACUUGCCUUCAGGAGGCCGGCAUCACAGAGGAGAGACACAUAAGCAAGCUCAUGUCUGCAGCCAGACUCUUCAAACUGCCGCCCGGCCCCGAGGCCAUGUAGCCAGGCCCGAGACGGAACUCCCUGGACAAGAGCCACCCUUUCACUGUGCUUAUGAUGCUGAUGCAAUUUCUCCUUCCCUGGACAUGCAGACCAGAUCCAGAAGAAAGGCCCAGUGUGUGGCCAGAUGGAGCUCGAAACCUUGGCACGGGACCGAUGACCCUCUCUUCUCCAGAAAAGCCCCUUUGAGGAAAUGGGGGUGGUUCUCUUUGACACCUCCCUCCCCUCCAAAGAAAAGAGGAGCACUUAUUUUUAUUUUCAGAACACGAUCGAACCCAGAUGCCAACUUGCCACAAAUGCAGUGCCUCCGGUCUGUCUGGGUGCCCUGGGAGAGAGGGCUGGGGGCAGAGGGAGGGGCAGCCGGUUCCGUCUCUGAUGGUGCUGUUGACCUUCUGUCUGUCACCCUGCAGGGUCCCCGAGGACCAGACAGGCUUAGCUAGGCCAAAGUAACAGACUCGGGAGUGAUUGUACAUCGGUUGACACGCUCAUUGGUUCAAAAGUAAGAAAAUCUGUCUGCACUAGAGGAAAAAACACUCCUAUUCUCCUUUAGAUAAACGAGACAUUUUAAUAAUUGCUUUCUAGCAAUCAGCUUUUAUUUGCCUUAAUGUAAGCUUUCAAGCAGUUAUCUAACUAGUGUUCACUACCCUGUAACCAUAGUUCCAAGUCUUCAGCUUAGACUGCCAUCUAACAUAUCUGGGAUGUUUCCAGCAAAAAUGGGCUUUUCUAAUGAUCUCAUUCUCCAUGGCUUAUUUUGUAGGAGUGUUUAUCUGGCACAAAUUUCACGUUGGCUUUCAGUUUUUAAACUAGCUACAAAUCUAGUGAAGAACUAUCUGGAAUUCACAAAGAUAUCGUGUGUAUAUGUGAGUGUGGGGGGCGGGCGGUGUGUGGGCGCUCAUAGAACCACCUUUCCUUUUAAUCAGUUUAGUGUUGUUACCCUGUUGGUCACUGCUGCGGUAUUGGCUUGGACCCCUGACCAGGUCCAUCCCAAAACUCCGUCACCAGAUCACCUUUGCAAAGAGCCAUUGUAAGGCUGGUUUCAGAGAGGUGUUUUGAAAAAGGGAGGUAGUUUAUGAGAUGUUUUUAAAGCUUUUUUUUCUCCCCUGUUUUACAAUUAAGAUAUUGUUUUUCUUCUUAUUUAGACAAUUCUUUUCAUUCAAAUAAAGGUUCAUUUUGGAGCCAGACAUACCACAUAUUUGCCACAUAUUAAGUAUUUGCAUAUUUUUGGUUGUUUCCAACUGAUAUCAGCACAUUCUAUCCUCUCGUAGUCUGUGUCUGAUUUUACAGCAAGCAGAAGUUUAGGCAACUACACGGAUAAGGUUUCCAUUUUUAUAAGAUGACUUUGCUUUACAUUCUUAUCGUGAGCACUGUGCUAAGCAUUGAAUGUGAUUAUUUACAGUACAAAUUCAACACAAAACUCUGAUCAAAAGUUCUGUAAUAUUUCAUCUACUCGCUAAGAUAGAUGAUUUCCCUCAGGAGGGAAAAUAGUGAUUUCCUUCAUCACAAAGCCAUCUUUAGUGUUUGCUUUACAUAUUUAAAUCCACGUUUCGGGGGAAAGAACGUUCUCAGGUGAUGUAUGUGUUCAUGCUUCGGUAUGCAUUUUUAAAAAUAAUAGACAUUCUUCAAUGAUACCGUCUGUAGGGUGCCAUGUGAAGAAGUUGGGGAAAUCUAGAAUAAAAAAGCAAAAGCUGUCGAAUUUCUAUGGCACUCUUAAAACAGCCCAUUUUUGUCACCUUGGGUUCUGACAUCCCGGUUAGCAUAGUCCAUUUGGGAAGUAAGGCGGCUGCAGUUCUGUAACCACGUGGCGGAACCGCAUUUCCCAUGGCGCGGUGGAGGCGGGGCUAAGACGGGCUUCCCACCUGUGUUUGCAGUAAGCUCCGCAUGACAGGAGGGGCCCUGCUCAUAUUUAAAGCUGAGCAAAAUGACCACGCAUAAAUCAGGUAACAGGGGAAGGAGAAAUCUUGUGUGAAUUCCCACGUUUCAAUUCCUUUUCACUGUAACAUUUUCAUUUAAGUAAAAAUGGCACCAGAAAAGGGAAUUUUCUGAGCUUGAGCUUUUGAGAAUGCCAAACCGUAUUUUUGUCACUCUUCCUUGGAAAUCAUUGCCUUUGCAUACAAACCUCAAAUUCAGGGACCACGAAUAAUUGUCGGUGGGAAGGUCUUCCUAAUCUUAAAGUUCUGAGGUGGUUUUUACUUGAUUGUGCUUUUUAAAAUCCUUUGUUUUUAAUUGUUAGUAUUUGUUGAGUCUUCUUUUGCUUUAAACUCUUAACUUGAUCUUAGAAAAAAAAAAAGCCUCAAUGUUUGUGUGUGACAUUUGACUGAGGUGGUCUGGGGCUGCCUGCAGGUGUUGGAAGACAGGCGGGAGGUGUCAGCAAUAUCCAGGAUUAACCAGUUGCCCUUGGCACAGGAGGUUGAGGAACCGGUGGAAACGGUUGUCUAGGGAAAGCACAAAAGAAAUCUGGAGAGGCAGUUAGGCUCAGGUAGCUACACAUCCGUUGUGUACAUGUUUGCUUGGAAGCUGUCUAGGAGGAGAUGCAGCCAGCCCCGACCACGACUGACAUUCCCACAUAGCCGAGUAGGAGGUAGAUUUCUAUGGCCUGCCUGCCUUCUUAGCCAGAGCCCGUUCCUCCCACCUGAACUGGCGGCGGGUGACAUUGGAAUUACUGGUGUAUUGGUAACCGUUCCUGACAUAGCAAAGUUUGCUUUCAUACCAGCAGCAAAGGGAGUCAGUUCACCAAGUCACUGCUGCCUGUGUGUACUGUAUUCUUUACAGAAAAAUAAACCUAGUCGUCUGAGUCCAAGUUACCUUGAUUUUUAAAUUGAUAGAGAAAACAAGAAACUGUCAAGCAAGUUAUAUAACAACUAACAACAUUGCACUUUCUGUAUAUGAAAUCAGUAUUUAAAUAACUUAUUUUUCUCCAUUGCUGUUUUUAAACAUUGUAAGUAGCUGUAAUAUACCAGUACCAGUAUGUUCUCGCAAUUGCUUCAGCCCAAGAAAGCUGUGUAUUGUUUUAAAAAUUGUAAAAAUUAUUGUGACGAUUCAUUUAGCAAAGAGAAAGUAUGGAAGGGUUUUCCUAUGUAUCAAAACUUGUCUAUAAUUGUCAUCUAUGUACCUAGAAAAAAAAAAGUAAAUAAAUUUCUUCAGUUGAA